CUUUGUCGAUCUGGUGAUUCUUGUUACGGUCGAUUCAUUCAGGCGUCGCAGGGCACAAGGUUGGAAUGGGGACGUAUGAGCUUAUAAAAGGAGAGGACAACGAGAUCGCGGAUGACAGUAAACACGUUGUCACAGUUGAGGAUGGCUACUCGGAUAUUAAAUUGGAAUCUAAUCAGCUGAUCUCCGUGUCGAAAUCCAAUGCCGGUGACAACCAGAGGCCCGUCAUCUUUUCGGGAAUAGGAGGAGACCAAGCUUCCAAGCGCCGCCUUGCUUCUCUGGACGUUUUCCGUGGAAUCACCGUCGCUUUAAUGAUACUAGUUGAUGAUGCUGGUGGAAUCCUUCCGGCAAUCAACCAUUCACCGUGGAACGGUGUAACACUUGCAGAUUUUGUCAUGCCAUUUUUCCUGUUUAUAGUUGGAGUUUCUCUUGGACUUACAUAUAAGAAAUUAUCAUGUAGAGUUGUUGCAUCUAGGAAGGCCUUGCUGCGGACGCUGAAACUAUUAGCCUUAGGUCUGGUGCUCCAAGGAGGUUACUUUCACGGUGUUAAUGAUUUGACUUACGGAGUUGAUCUGGAACAAAUUAGAUGGAUGGGUAUUCUGCAGAGAAUUGCAAUAGCAUAUCUGUUGGCUGCACUAUGCGAGAUUUGGCUAAAGGGUGAUGAUGAUGUUAAUUCAGGAUUAUCCUUACUGACAAAAUAUCGAUUCCAGUGGUUGGUGGCAUUUGUGCUUACUAGCACAUACCUGGCUCUAUUAUAUGGUUUAUAUGUUCCUGGCUGGGAAUAUCAAAUUCAGAGCAAAAACUCUUCUGCCACUCCAAAGUCAUUCUCAGUCAAAUGUGGAGUACGUGGGGACACUGGACCUGCUUGUAAUGCUGUUGGAAUGAUUGACCGUAAAGUGUUGGGUGUUCGACAUUUAUAUAGACGACCAGUCUAUGCUCGGACAAAGCAAUGCAGCAUUAGCUCUCCAGAUUAUGGUCCACGUCCUCCUGAUGCUCCUUCAUGGUGUCAAGCGCCAUUUGAUCCUGAAGGACUUUUAAGUUCAGUCAUGGCUGUUGUUACUUGCCUCAUUGGACUGCACUAUGGGCACGUUAUAGUACAUAUUAAAGACGACAAGGAUAGGAUCCUGCAAUGGAUUAUCACUGCCUCUGGUCUUGUAGUCAUUGGCUUUUCGCUGGAUUUUUUUGGAAUUCAUGUAAAUAAGGUCCUCUACACAUUUAGUUACAUGUGUGUCACAGCUGGAGCAGCAGGCAUCCUCUUUACUGGAAUUUACAUUCUGGUUGACGUGCAUGGCUACAGGCGCCCAACUAUUGUGAUGGAGUGGAUGGGGAUGCAUGCAUUGAUGAUCUAUAUUCUUGUAGCCUGCAACUUGCUUCCGGUUGUCCUACAAGGAUUUUAUUGGAGGGACCCUCGUAACAAUAUUUUGAGGUUGAUCGGAAUCGGAUCAUGAUGGCAUGAUUAAACAGUUGAAGUUAAUUACAAUUGGAUCAUGAUGACAUGAUGGUUAGAGGGUAAAGUUUGUGAUUGGCUCUUGUGUACUGUACAAGCGGUUU